AAGCAGGAUUGCGCUCGGUGAGGUAAAACUCAAUCCACUGAAGUGCAUCUGGUGAAAAAUUUAAAACGACAUCAUUUUCUCUGCAGGAUUAUAUGCGGGACAGUGUCAAAUAGAGACAUGAGGUGACAUGACAGUGUCUUCUUUUGAUUCAGAAACUCAGCACCGACAACCCGGUCUAACUUGGCUAUGAGGUUUUCAGUCAAAUAACAAGUUGCAGUCUGGGUGGCCCUAAGACCAAGCUGCAUGGGGUACGGUGUUCAAAUGACUGAUAACUUGUUUUGCUACCAGUUUCUCUACAAUCUUGGACACUGUGGGUAAUUUGCUAAUGUGUCUAUAGCAGGGGUGUCCAAACCUUUUCCACAAAAAUAUGACAGUAUGCACGGGCCACUUUAAUAUUUUGUAUAUGCUCCCUAUAACUCCCCACCCCAGCCUCACCCAAAUUAUGUACAGUAAAAGCACCUUUUCCCAAAUUACGUGGUGUGGUAUAACCAGGGGCAGGUCAUUGAUGUGUGAGGUGAUUUUGGUGGCACUACACUUCACAGUCCUGAACAUAUUGUUUCUUUUCGGUAUAGACAUUUGUGGACUGUCCCUGCGCUCUGGGUCUCGCUGCCGUCUUCCCAUAUAGAUCAAUGCACGGUAUAUUGCCAUAUUGCACAGAGGGGAAAAAAUAGGAUGUAGCUCGUUGUAAUCACUGUUGGAAAGAGGUGUCGUUUGCUGUCUACGAAUGAUCCCGGAAGUUCGAAUCUGUGACUAUAUUUCUAACUUUACCGCAGUGAAAUACCAUGACUAAAGCGGAAACGGAGAUUUUUCCGGGUUUUCCUAUGCGCUGACUUGACAAAAGCCCUGUAGUCCCAUUGAGUGUUGUUGUAAACGUGUUGUAUGAAUAUUUCCAUGAAGAACACGGAGGACUGUGCACGUGUCUUCUUCAUGUGAUGUUUGCAGGUGGCAGGGGCAGCAGUCUGAGUUGGGAAAACCAGACUUCCCGGUCUCCAGGCACCUGACAUCGAGGUGUUUCCCAGCUGUGGGACAUAAUCCUUGCAGCAUGUCCUAGGUCUACCCUUGGGCCUCCUCCCGGCUGGGCACGCCUGGAACACUUCACCAGGAAGGCAUGAGAACCAGAUUACCGAGCCAUAUCAACUGGACUCUUCUCGGAGUCCCUCCUGGACCAAGCUGUUGACCCUAUUUCUAAGGGUUUUGCGAUACACCAAUAGUCGGCCUGCUGUAACGAUCACACACUACCAUGACUUGUCUUUAAAGAACCAGUGGUGCUGGUCCCAGACGGGAUGCCGCAGACAGCCAGUCAGUAUGACUGCAUUAGAGUUGUGGCUGUCAGGCUCAAUCCCUACCUGCUUGCUCCUUCAGAGCCUGGUACUCAUGGCCCUGUGCUUGCCUUCGGCCAGCAUGUGCCCACGUGGCUGCAACUGCCAGCGCGACCUCCACCUUCAUGGUCUAAAUGUCAGCUGCAGUCAGUCCCGGCUGAAAGAGAUCCCUCCGAGUCUCCCAGUCGACACGGUCUUGUUAAGGCUGGACCACAACCAGAUAGGCAGUGUACCCGAUCAGGCUUUCCAUGGACUCUGGCUUUUGAGAGAACUCAACCUUUCGUACAAUACUGUGGAGACGUUGGGGGAUGGUGCAUUCACUGGCAUCGAGGCAACGCUCCAAGUGCUGGAUCUCUCCCACAACCGCAUCACCAGUGUACAUAAGGAUGCCUUUUCCCGCCUCAAGGCUCGUGUUAUUAUGGAUGAUAAUCCCUGGCACUGUGACUGUUCUCUGCAGCAGGCACUGGGCGGGAUGGCCCACAACCAUGAGGCCACCACUCGGGUUCUGUGUAGGAGCUCUGAGCUUCGCGACCAGGAGGGACGACCCUUCCUGGCUGUCGCUACUGAUCUCUGUAACAUCACCAAAAGGACCACAGACUAUGCCAUGCUUGUGACCAUGUUCUGUUGGUUUGCCAUGGUCAUUGCAUAUGUGGUGUAUUAUGUUCGUCAGAACCAGGAAGAUGCCAGACGGCACCUGGAGUACCUCAAAUCUCUCCCGAGCAAGCCCAAGAAACCAGACGAAGCUGACGAUAUCAGCACUGUCGUCUGAGAGCACCUGUUCCUAAAAGCUCAACUUCAGUCUUUAUACAGCCCAACAUCUUUGCAUUUUGCACAAAUAGUUUUGUCUCCCAGGGUUUUGGUCAUGAUAGUCUACUCAUCUAAUUGUCUUACUGUCAUGUAUUUUACACUUUGCGUAAACAUUUACAAUCCAGUUUUAGAAAUCAAAUCGCGCUUUAGGACAGUGGUGGUCAAACUUGUUAAUUUGUCCCCACCAACGUUUACAAGAGAUUUUAUUAAAACCUUUAACAUAUACAGUAUAUAUACAGUGCAUAUAUAACAUAAUUCCGGUUUCUGUCAUUACGAUAAUCCAAGAGGACAACAAGGCUUUGUUACAAAGCAGAGUGGGGGUUUGGCGGGUUCAGGGUCGAAGAAGCAAGCUUUACAUGACAAAGUUCCACAGAAAGUUCCUGUUCUAUCCAACAGGUGGGAGUUUCAUUGUUUUUGUGUUUUAUCGUGUUGAUGUUUUGCGGGAGGUGGAUACACAGCUGAUUCAAGGAGGAAAUAAUCUGAAUCCCAGUAAAUUCGUAAAUACUCCAAAAAUUAAUCCAGUCUCAGUAGGGAAGUCCAGACUUUCUGGCCGCCUCUUCCAGUUCCACUGGGGGUACACCGAAGCAUUCCAAGGCCAACUGUGAGACAUAAUCCAUCCAGCAUGUCCUGGGUCUACCCCAGGGCCUCGUCCUGGCUGGGCAUGCCCGGAACACAUGACCAGGGAGGCGUCCGGGAGGCAUUGGCACUAGAUGCCCGAACCCCCUCAGAUGGCCUCUCUACUCUGCGCUCCUCCCAGAUUACCGAACUCCUCACUCACAUGUUUUAUAGCUCAAAUUGUAAAUCCAAAAUCGUUUCUUCAUGUACAUUCUGGGUGCCUUAUUGAGUAAACAGCUGUCAAAUUCUAUUUUGUCUUUUGAGUUGGUUUGGUAGAACACGUAACGCACACAAUGCUGAACAACUGCCACAUGUUGAAAGAAGUAGAAGAAGUAGUUGUGAAUAAAGGGACAUUGGUUUUACGUGUCAUUUGCUUCUGGACAAAUGUUAGAACCCAUUGUGGCCGCGAGUCCAAAAGUACAGUGGUGCGAAGAAGUGUUUGCCCCCUUCUUGAUUUCUUUUUUUUGCAUGUUUGUCACAUUUAGAUGUUUCAGAUCAUCAAUCAAAUUUAAAUAUUAGUCAAUGACCACACAACUGAACACAAAAUGCUGUUUUGAAAUGAAACUUUUUAGGAGGAAAAAAUCCAAACCUACAUGUCCCUGUGUGAAAAAGUGAUUGCCCCCUAAACCUAAUAACUGGUUGGGCCACCCUUAGCAGCAACAAGUGCAAUCAAGCGUUUGUGAUAACUUGCAAUGAGUCUCUUAUAGCGCUGUGGAGGAAUUUUGGUCCACUCAUCUUUGCAGAAUUGUUGUAAUUCAGCCACAUUGGAGGGUUUUCCAGCAUGAAGCACCUUUUUAAGGUCAUGCCACAGCAUCUCAAUAGGAUUCAGGUCAGGACUUUGACUAGACCACUCCAAAGUCUUCAUUUAGUUUUUCUUCAGCCAUUUAGAGGUGGACUUGCUGGUGUGUUUUGGAUCAUUGUCCUGCUGCAGAACCCAAGUUGGUUUCAGCUUGGGGUCCCGAACAGAUGACCGGACAUUCUCAUUCAGGAUUUUUUGGUAGACAGCAGAAUUCAUGGUUCCAUUUAUCACAGCAAGUCUUCCAGGUCCUGAAGCAACAAAACAGUCCCAGGCCAUCACACUACCACCACCAUAUUUUACUGUUGGUAUGAUGUUCUUUUUCUAAAAUGCGGAGUUACUUUUACGGUAGAUGUAAUGGGACACACACCUUCCAAAAAGUUCUACGUUUGUUUCAUCAGACCACAGAGUAUUUUCCCAAAGGUCUUGGGGAUCAUCAAGAUGUUUUCUGGCAAAAUAGACGAGCCUUAAUGUUCUUUUUCAGCACUGGUUUUGGUCUUGGAACUCUGCAAUGCAAGCCGUUUUUGCCCAGUGUCUUGAACACUGACCUUAACUGAGGCAAGUGAGGCCUGCAGUUGUUUGUAUGUUGUUGUGGGGUCUUUUGUGACCUCUUGGAUGAGUCGUCACUGUGAUCUUGGGGUCAUUUUGGUUGGCCGGCCACUCAUGGGAAAGUUCACCACUUCACAAGGUUCCAUGUUUUCGCCAUUUGUGGAUAAUGACUCCCACUGUGGUUCGCUGGACUCCCAAAGCUAUAGAAAUGGCUUUAGAACCUUUUCCACACUGAUAGAUCUCAAUUAAUCUCAGUGAAGUUAUGUUUUAACAGGGGGCAAUCACUUUUUCACACAGGAUUUUUUCUCCCUUAAUAAUAAAAAGUUUCAUUUGAAAACUGCAUUUGUGUUCAGUUGUGUUGUUAUUGACGAAUAUUUUAAUUCGUUUGAUUUAAGUGUGACAAACAUGCAUAAAAUAAAUAAAUCAGGAAGGGGGCAAACACCACUUUCACACCGUUGUAUUUAACUCUUCUUAUAAGUUAGAAUGCAAAUAUCAAAUGUAUCAUUCAAGAGGUUAUGUGCACAUUUGGUAAACAACAAAGUUUACAUGAAUAUAGAUGAUAUCAAUAUAAAUCGAACAUGAAUAUAGAUUAUAUUAAAAUAAGUAUCAGUCAUCAGUCGCCACUUUGUGGUUCGAAGUUUGCGGCUUCACUCGAUAUAUUAAUAAAUCAUGCUGUUUUGUGGUUGAAUAUAGCCAAUUAUUAGUUUUCAAAAUAUGUACAUUUAAGCAAAUGGCACAUUUUUUGCCUAAAUUAAGCAUUUUCAAGCAUGAAAAUAGCUAAAUGAAUUAAAAUACACACAGUAUAUAAGGCAUUCAGAAGAAGCAUUCAAAGACGUGAUGAAAUGUAGUAUUAUACUCUGGUCACAAGGUGUCAGUAAUGUUAGUCUAAUAUUGGGUGAGACACACAAGCACCAGACUUGAUCGCCUGAACAACAGGCUGUUAUUGCAGGUUUAAAUUAUUACACAACCGGCACAAUAAUCCCUAAUAAAAAACCCUAAAAUAACACGGGCUACUAUUGAGGCCGUCACCCACGCCAAGCUAAAACUCAACUCUGUGACCCCACCCCACUCAGCUCCCCUAGGAAACAUGCAUAUAGCAACACGAGCAUGAGUCUUUACAGUAUGUCUUAUUUUCUCUUGUUAUGUCUAUAAUACGAGUGUAAAGGUGACUAUAGGGGUGCUAUUUCAUGUCUAGAGGGCUCUAAUACUGUUGAAAAUCGUAUUUAGAAGGUCGUAAGCAGGAUUUCUAUGCUCUAACUACAAAAAUAUUCCAUUUAGAAAUAAGCAAGCUGUGGUUUUUUCAAAGACAUGAUGCCUUUCUCCUCGUCACUUGUUCACAUGGUGGCACUGUUUACUUACCCUGCGCCUAUUCCUCAGCAACCAAAUGGCCUGUAAUGCUUUGAUUGUGUGAUAUGGAUUUCCACCAAUAGGAAAGCAGUCUCAUGCGUCAUUACUUUUGGUUUGCACACGGAUUUCUCGCCUUUGCAGCACAAGCGCAACAAACGUGACGACACAAAGACAAAAUUACACAAAUUUUAUUGAUCAUAAAUGUGGUUGUACUUGACCCAUUAACCCCAUUUAAAGACUGAUUUGCAGUUUGAAAGGGAGCGUCUAUGUGACAGGGUCAUCACGCUGCACCGCCUUAAAGGGAUAGUUCGGAUUUUUUGACGUGAAGUUGUGUGACAUCCCAUCAGCAGUGGGCUAUAUCAACAGUGACUUACCCCCCCAUUUGGUCCCGCGAGUUCAGUUCUGGACGGAUUUCUGCUUAGUUGCUAGGUCAUUUAAGUAAAGAGUUUGGCUUCUCAAAACAGUAUGUGUGGAUGAUGGUCACAUCUAAAUCGCCGCGGCCACGGCGGAAGAAGAUGUAAGCGCCUUCAUCACAUACGCACGAAUGGAGACGCAACAGUGCGCAGGGACAUGGCGGGAGACAAAUAUAACACCGAGCGAUUUGUGACAUCUGAUUUUUUUUAAUGCAAAUAUAUUACUCUUUUGAACGCAUAUUGUUUUGAGAUGCCAACCUUUUUUACUUGAAUGACCUAGCAACUAAGCAGAACUACGUUCCUCGUCAGGUAAAUCCGACCAGAACUGGACUUGCGGGACCAAAUGGGGGGGGGGCGUAAGUCACUGUUUAUAUCGUACACUGCUGAUGGGGAUGUCAUGCAACUUAUGUCAAAAAAUACAAACUGUCCCUUUAAACUCGCAUGAAUUUUAUGCAGCAGUGCAAGAAUUGUUCAUAUUAUUUACGGUAGGGGUGUCCAAACCUUUUCCACCAAGGGCCACAUACAGAAAAAUCAAAGGAUGCGGGAGCCACUGAUAAUUUUUUAAAAAUUUUAUAUAAAGGCUAAAAAAAAGCCUGUUUACAUGUAUUCAUAUAUUUAAAGUCAAAGUUUUGUGUUAUUAAUUAUUAGUAUCAAAUGUCAUCUUCCUUCUUUACAUUGUGCCUUUUUGCUCUUUUUCCCGUUUUUGCAGUUUUUUCAGUGUUUCAUUUCAUUUCUGCAACGUGCUGCGGGCCAAUAAUAAGCAAGUCGUGGGCCACAAAUGGCCCCCGAGCCACACUUUGGACACCCCUGAUUUCCGGUUUCGAAUAAGAGUCGGUGUUCUGCGCGGAUGUGCAGAAAGUCCGAUGGGGUACGAAAUGUUUUACGGUUACUUGUUGCACAACUACGCAGCGUAUGCAAUGUGAUCACAUUGUCUGUGUAUUUUAACAAUAUUUUACAGAAACAAAAAAUGGUGUGAAUAGUCCGAUGAAGGGGUUAUUCCACAAGCUGGGUAGUCACUAUAACAUUGUAAAUGAUACGUUUUACAGCAGAAUUCUUUUUUCAUACAUUUUUGAUCGCCCUUGCUGUUACACUCUUUCUAACUUUUUGAUGUUAUCAAAAAUGUAGAAUAUGUUUCGGUCUUAAUUGUAGAAAGUCUCUUUUGUAUGCAUGUUUAAAUCUAUGCCUGCGUUGAAUCUUCUCCUGAUUGCUUGUGAUGAUGACAUGAUAUGCAGCAGGAAGUUUCAACUCAAAUUCGAAUAGGUCCGGUUAGCGAAAAUGUCCUUGAUAAUAUACGAUGACAGUUGUGGUAUAAUUUGGGUUAUGAUUUAUUCUUAAAUCUGUGAUAUAUGUGUGAUCAACAGCUGACUGUCCAGUCAAAUAAAUGGUGAA